AUGUCUCAAACCGGGCUCCAGAUAUCCGUACGGGCUUAUAUCAAACCAUUGAAACAAUAUUUAUUCUUGGAUAAAAAGGCUUAUGCAGCCCAACAACAGACGUCACAUGAGUAUCACGUGUGCAUGACCAUCGAACUCACUAUCCACAAACCCCCCAUUAAAACACGAGACACAACCAAACAACACAAGCGCAUCAUAACUAAUCAACAAAACCAAAAAUCACGCCUGCUGCACCUCAACCGGUCGAACCACGGGUUCCCUUCACACUCCUUCUCCGGAAUCCUCCUCAACGCCCUCCAAACCGCACUAUUACACUUAAAACCCGACCCAAAAGCAAUCUGCCACACCCUAUCCCCUUUCCCCACCCGCCCCUUGGCCUCCACAUAUGCCAGCUCGUACCACAACGAGCUACUCGACGUGUUCCCAAACCUAUGCAGAGUCAUCCUCGACGGCUCCAUGUCCCGCUCACUCAACCCAAGAUUCUCCUGCACAGCAUCAAGUACUGCCCGUCCACCAGCGUGCACACAGAAGUGCUCGAACGCAAGCCUGAAGUCCGGUAUAUACGGCCUCACACGAGCCCCCACCACUUUCCUCCUCACUAAAGUCAACAAGAAAGUCAACUGCUCGGACCACGGGAGGACGAGCGGGCCUAGGGUGGGCGUCACCAGCCACUGCCAUGAGCCCACGGGCCAGGCUAACUCCCACGAGCCCGCUCUCGUCCUCUUUCUGCUGCCUGGAUCUGACCCGCGGUGUGUGCGGACGGUGUGGACGAGCCCGUACUUGGCACGGGCCCGAUCCUGGGCCCGGUUCGAGAGGAGAACGGCGGCCCCGCCCAUUCGGAAGAUGCAGUUGCAGAGGAGCAUGGAGCGGUCGUUGCCGAAGUACCAGUUGAGGGUGAUGUUCUCGGUGCUGAGGACGAGGGCGCGAGUGUUGGGGGUGGUCUGGAGGAGCUGUCGGGCCAGGUCGAUUGAGAUGAGGCCCGCGCUGCAGCCCAUUCCGCCCAGAUUGAAGCUUUUGAUGUCUCUUGUAGUGGUUGACGAUCAUGGAGGAGAGGGAGGGGGUUGGGUUGAAGAGGCUGCAGUUGACGAUGAGAAUGCCGAUUUCGUCGGGCCGGGCCCCUGUUUUCCGGAAAAGGGAGUCGAGGGCGCCGAACAUGACGGACUCGGCCUCGGCGCGGGCGGCCUUGAGGGAGAGGUCGGGAGGGGUGCAGGUUAUGCCACAGGGGAAGUAGGUCUCGUCGCCAAGGCCAGAUCUGCGAGCGAUUUUCUCCUGGAACCGGACCGAUUCUUCCGAGAAACCGCCGGUUCGCUCGGUCAUCUUGAGGAACCCCUCGACCGAGAGCUUCCGCUCGUUUUCCGGCGAAGUCGAGUAAACGGGGCGGGGCUUCUUGGUCCAGUAGAUGGCGAGGAGGAAGAUGAGGGUGAAGGAGCCGACAAGGACGGUGGCGGUGUCCAGGAGGAGAGCCGUCUGGGCCACGCGCAGGUAGUUGUCGGAGAAGAGGGCGGGGACGUCGAGGCGGAGGACCAGGCGCGUGAGUUGCACGCACGUGGCGGCGAACAGCGGCAGGCCGGCGAGGAGGAUGAGGGCGGUGGCCGGGUUGCACGAGUAGCCGUACCCGAGCUUCACGUACUUGAGCUUCACCGACUGGAGGAAAUCGGGGAGCCUCCGCCGGAUUUUGAUGACGCCCGACGAGGAGUCCUCGGAUAUGGCCACCUCGGCGAGUAG